AUGUGCUUCUUUGGGAACGAUGAUGAUGAUAUGCCUCCAGCACGCUACAUUGACCCCCCUGAAGGCUCCAAGUUCAUUACCUCUGGGGGGUCCGGACUGAUCUACUCCUCUCCUGCUAUUCGCGGUGAGAUCUACAAGAUCUGCUCUCAUGACCCUGAUUCCAAGGAAAACAUCGAACGUGAAAAGCUCAUCUUCCAGAACAUGAUGAGUGUUGGCCAACACCCCCAUGUGGUCAAAUGCUUCAAGGUCAUCGAGAACGGAGUCAUUCUUGAGCGUGCCGAGCAUGGUGACCUGCGUGAAUACUAUCAAGCCGGAGGCGUGGCCACCAUCUACGAGCGUAUCAAAUGGUGCAAGCAGCUCGCCAGCGCCGUUGACUACAUUCACGGCCUCCAUAUUCGCCAUGCCGAUCUCUGUGGGAAAAACAUCUUACUCGACGCCGACCGCACAAUCAAACUCUGCGACUUUGCCGGCUCUGGUUUCUGCGGUAACCUCCCUACUGUCUCUGCUGAGAUUGGAUACGCCCACCCGAACCGUGAUCAAAACCGCCGUGCUACCGUGAAAGCUGAAAUCCAUGCUCUGGGCUCAACCAUGUAUGAGAUUAUAACUACCAGACGUCCAUUUUCUUCCGAUAAUGAGCCCGGCGUGGUGGCUCACUGGCUCAACAAUGGAGUCUACCCUUCUGUUUACCAUCUUCCCCUUGGAGAUGUUAUUAUGGGGUGCUGGAAGGGCAGGUAUCCUUGUGCUCUUCAGGUCCAGCGUGCGAUCGAGCUUGCAAUUUCCGAAGGUUUGUCCAUCCCUAUCCAUGUUUUCCGAGUUACCAGUCCUCUAAUGUUGAAUGUAUUAGCUGGCAUGGAUGCACUCUUGAACUAA